AUGACAGAAGUGGAGCCAGUCCUUGAUUUUGCAUCUUCUACAAGGACGGGUCGUAGGAACGCUCUUCCUGACAUCUUAGGUUCACCAGCAGGAGUAACACCGUCUGAUCUCCCUCUCAAAUUAGCUGAAAUGUCUCUAAAUACAGGCAAGCUAAUAUUAUGA